AUGGCCGACUCUCAGACACCGCAACCUCCCUCCGGAUCAGAGCACCUCACCCCAGCUCCCCUCACUGAAGAUAAUAUUAAACCCGACCCUGAUCUCGACGUAUCAAUCGAACAAGAAGUCGACAUGAAUACCGAAAACCAGCCUGGCGCUAAUCCAGACGAUACAACUGCGCCCGGUAUCGACCCUAUGGCACCAGCGCCGCAGCCCUCGAAGAAGGAAACGAGCUUGCGCGAGUUCCUAGGCAAAAUGGAUGACUAUGCUCCAAUCAUCCCCGACGCUGUCACAGCCCACUACCUCACCCUAGCCGGCCUCCCACCACCAGGCACAGGCCCGGGCCAAACCCCACCACACCUAGCCCGCCUCCUCGCCCUAGCAGCACAAAAGUUCGUCUCAGACAUCGCCGCCGACUCCUACCAAUUCGCGCGCAUUCGCGCCUCCAACAGCUCCUCCGCCAAUAACCCCAUUGGCAGUCUUGCCGCCGCAUCGGGCCUGAACGCCCCGGCCGGUGCAGGCGGAGCGCCCGCUCCUGGCGGCGACGGCGGGAAGGGUAACAAGGCUAAUACCCACCUGGGUAUUCAGAGGCCUGGCUUUGGGGGCGGUGGUUCUGGUGGGUCUGGGCAGGGUCGGACGGUUCUCACGAUGGAGGAUUUGGGCAUGGCGGUUUCCGAGUAUGGGGUUAGUGUGAAGCGUGGCGAGUUCUAUCGGUAG